UGAAACACGGAAGUUGCCAGCCGAAGCUGUCAGACGGCCGCCGGCUUUCCAGCCCGCAGCAUGCGGCGCGAGUAAAAGCACCGAGCCAGGCGCCCGCCGUCCGCGCAGCCGGCUCCUGCGCCCUCCGCAUGGCGACGUUACCCGCCGCUGAUCGGAGGGCGUUCGCCCUGAAAAUCAACAGGUACUCCUCUGCAGAAGUAAGAAAGCAAUUUACCCUCCAACCAGGCUUUGCGCAGUUCUGUCAGCGUAGCUUAAGUUCUCCUGGCUUUUCUGCUCUUCAUCUGCCUUCCUUUUAUGAUGCAGUAGACCCAGUAGAUUUCGAAGGCUUCCUAAUGACAAAGUUGAACAACCUGGACUCAGAAAUGGCACAUGAACUUGGUGACUUUCCUGAAGAUGACUUGGACAUUGUCUUUACACCCAAAGAAUGCAGGACUCUGCAACCUUCUAUGCCAGAAGAUGGGGUUGAGCUGGAUUCGCAUGUGAGAGACUGUGUUCAGACUUAUAUACGGGACUGGCUGAUUGUGAAUAGAAAGAAUCAAGGGAACUCAGAUAUUUGCAGUCUGAAAAAUAAGGGAUCCCGAAAAGAUUUUCACAAGCAUCUCCAGAAACAAACAUUUGAAUCAGAAACUUCAGACUCUAGUGAUGCAAGCUUUCAGGCAGGGCCCAGACCUGUGCACAUGCUCCCUGAGGACACCUCCAGGACUGCCCCGGCCUCCUCCGACUUUGACCUGCGCAGCCUGCAGCCAGAUCCCCGCUUGGAAAACCUGCUGCGGCAUGUCAGUGCAGAGGAGUUUGAGAGGCAGAAUGAGGAAGCCCGACGAACCAACAGGCAUGCCGAGCUCCUUGCUCUCUACCCGUCUGUGGAUGAGGAAGAUGCAGUGGAAAUACGACCUGUGCCUGAUCGCCCAAAGGAACACCUGGGCAACAGGAUUCUGGUAAAGCUGCAGACUCUGAAGUUUGAUAUAGAGAUUGAGCCUUUGUUUGCAUGCAUAGCUCUCUAUGAUAUAAAAGAAAGAAAAAAGAUCUCUGAAAAUUUCCAUUGUGACCUGAACCCUGAUUCACUAAGAGGAUUCUUGCGUUCUCAUACACCCUCCACUGACUUGUCUACUCAGGCAAGAUCAGCAGUAUUUUCUGUCACUUAUCCUUCAUCGGAUAUAUACCUAGUAAUAAAGAUAGAAAAAGUGCUUCAGCAAGGAGAAAUUGCAGACUGUGCAGAACCCUACAUGGUUCUUAAAGAAAAUGAAGCUGGCAAGACAAAAGAAAAGAUUGAAAAACUGAAAGCCCAAGCUGAAAGCUUUUGUCAACGACUAGGGAAAUACAGAAUGCCAUUCGCCUGGAUUCCCAUAAGUCUAACUAAUUUCUUCAACGUUUCCACACUUGAACGAGAAGUAUCUGAGGCUGAAGGUUUGAAUGGGAAAGGAUCAACUAGUGAGAAGAGGGCUACGCUAUUACAAGCAAGAAGACUUUCCGAGAGAAGUCUCAGCUCUGAAGAUGGUUAUCCGGUAUCAAACUUCAAAACAAUCUCUCUGACCCUCAGCACCUUCUUUAAACAGGAAGGAGACAGGCUUAGUGAUGAAGAUCUUUUCAAGUUUUUAGCUGAUUUCAAAAGAUCAUCUUCCUUGCAGAGAAGAAUUAAGACUUUACCAGGAACGCUUAAACUGGAUAUCUCUCCAGCUCCAGAAAACCUUGGUUAUUGUCUGACGCCAGAAUUACUACCAGUGAAGCCUUUCCCAGAAAACCGUAGUCGUCCUCACAAAGAGAUUUUGGAAUUCCCAAUUAGAGAAGUGUAUGUUCCCCAUACUAUUUAUAGAAAUCUCCUCUAUGUUUACCCCCAAAGGCUGAAUUUUGCUAACCGACCAGCUUCUGCAAGAAACAUUACCAUCAAGAUCCAGUUUAUGUGUGGCGAAGACCCGUCCUGUGCAAUGCCGGUAAUUUUUGGAAAAUCUUCAGGUCCAGAAUUUGUGCAAGAGAUAUACACAGCUAUCACAUAUCAUAACAAAUCUCCUGACUUUUAUGAAGAAGUGAAAAUUAAACUGCCGGCAAAACUCACAGAGAAACACCAUCUAUUGUUCACAUUCUAUCACAUCAGCUGCCAGCCAAAGCAAGGAGCAUCUGUGGAAACCCUCAUUGGAUAUUCAUGGCUGCCAAUUCUGUUAAAUGAUCGUCUUCAAACAGGACAUUAUUGUCUUCCUGUUGCAUUGGAUAAGCUGCCUUUCCACUAUUCAAUUCACUCUCCUGAGAAAGUUCCAUCACAGACACCACCUAUCAAAUGGGUUGAAGGACACAAGGGUGUUUUCAAUAUUGAAGUGCAAGCUGUUUCAUCUGUUCACACCCAGGACAAUCACUUGGAGAAGUUCUUUACUCUAUGCCAUUCUCUGGAAAAUCAAGUGACCUUCCCCAUUCGACUGAUGGACCAGAAGAUCACUGAGGCUACCCUGGAACACGAACUGAAACUCAGCAUUAUCUGUUUGAAUUCUUCACGACUUGAACCUCUUGUUUUGUUUUUACAUCUGGUACUAGAUAAACUUUUCCAGCUGGCUGUACAGCCCAUGGUCAUAGCUGGCCAGACAGCCAACUUCUCACAGUUGGCCUUCGAGUCUGUGGUUGCAAUAGUGAACAGUCUCCACAACACCAAAGACCUGAGCAAAGAUCAGCACGGGAGGAACUGCCUCCUGGCAUCUUAUGUCUACUAUGUAUUCCGCCUGCCAGACCCUCAAAAAGAAGUGCCAAAACUAGGUGCAGGGGGCAGUGCCUCCCUGACGGAGUCUCGUUAUUACACAUUUGGGCGCACUUCUGCAGUGUCCGUCGGGAGUAAACUCCUGCAGAGCCGAGUGAUAAGCUGCAGCAAUCCUGACAUCACGGUUACACAGACGUCUGCUGAUGAAGAGGUCAAAAACAUCAUGUCAUCCAAGCCUGCAGAUCACAGCUCCAGUCGGAUGUCUUUUUACAUUGAAGGAACAAAUGACAUGCCAGGCAUUUGUGCAAACCCAAGGCCAUCCAGUAAAAAGCAUUUCCACGAGGAGCUAGCACUGCAGAUGGUGGUCAGCACGGGUCUCGUGAGAGAGGCUUUCUUCAAGUAUGCCUGGUUCUUCUUUGAGCUCCUGAUAAAGAGCAUGGCUCAGUACGUUCACAGUAUAGAGAAGCAAGACAAUCUACGAAGAAGCCGUUUCUCUGACCGUUUCAAAGAUGAUAUUACCACAAUAGUUAGCGUGGUUACUUCUGAGAUUGCUGCGCUUCUAGUCAAACCACAGAAGGAAAGUGAACAAGCAGAAAAAAUUAACAUCAGCCUGGCAUUUUUCCUGUAUGAUCUUCUUUCCUUAAUGGACCGAGGAUUUGUGUUUAAUCUCAUCAAACAUUACUGUAAUCAGCUCUCAAUCAAGCUGAAUUCUCUCUCUACCCUGAUUUCCAUGAGACUGGAGUUCCUGAGAAUUCUCUGCAGCCAUGAGCACUACCUGAAUCUAAACCUCUUCUUCAUGACCUCGGCCUCUACACCAGCAUCCCCUUCACCCUCUUUGUCCUCACAGAACUCUAGCUCCUGCUCCAGCUUCCAGGACCAGAAAAUUGCUGGUAUGUUUGACCUCUCAUCAGAAUACCGCCAGCAACACUUUCUGACUGGCUUACUCUUUACAGAAUUGGCAGCAGCACUGGAUGCAGACUGUGAGGGGAUUAGUAAGGUGCAAAAAAAAGCUGUCAGUGCUAUCCUUAGCCUACUGAGUUCCCAUGACCUAGACCCACGCUGUUCCAAAAAAGAGAUGAAGAUUAAAAUUGCUGCUCUCUACCUCCCUUUGGUUGGUAUUAUUUUGGAUUCACUGCCACAGCUCCAUGACUUUACAAUUUCAGAUGCCCGCAGCGGAAAGGGACGCACGGGAAACCCAGAGGAAGAACAGGAGUCUGCAGUUGCAAUCAGUCAAAAUGUGGCACUUGCUAUUGCAGGGAGUCAGUUUAACCUCAGGAGCUCUGGAACAUCUUUGGCGUCUUUGUCCUACAGACAGAGUGCCAUGUUAGGUCCUGAUACUACUCGCAACCUUCUGAUCUGUUUCCUCUGGAUCAUGAAAAAUGCUGAUCAGAAUCUAAUACAGAAAUGGAUUGCAGACCUUCCAUCCAUGCAGCUGAACAGGAUCUUAGACCUCCUUUUCAUUUGUGUUUCAUGCUUUGAAUACAAGGGCAAACAGAGCUCGGAUAAAGUUAGCAACCAAGCACUGCAGAAGUCCCGAGACGUUAAGGCCAGAUUAGAAGAGGCUUUGCUGAGAGGUGAAGGGGCCAGAGGAGAAAUGAUGAAGCGCUGCAGAAUACCAGCUGGGAAUGACAGGUCAGUGGGGCUAAAUGAAAACCUGAGGUGGAGAAAGGAGCAGACUCACUGGCGGCAGGCAAAUGAGAGACAAGAUAAGACAAAAGCAGAGCUAGAUCAAGAAGCACUCAUCAGUGGAAACCUGGCAACUGAAGCUAACCUGAUCAUUCUUGACAUGCAAGAGAACAUCAUCCAGGCAAGCUUUGCAGCAGAGUGCAGAGACAAUCUUUUGGGAGGAGUUUUGAAAGUCCUGGUAAAUUCUCUUGGCUGUGAUCAGAGCACCACUUACCUGACUCACUGCUUUGCUACACUCAGAGCACUCAUUGCUAAGUUCGGAGAUUUCCUGUUUGAAGAGGAGGUGGAACAGUGUGCUGACCUCUGUCAAAGAGUUCUCCAUCACUGCAGCAGCAGCAUAGAUAUAACAAGGACUCAAGCCUGUGCUACUCUUUAUCUCCUCAUGAGAUACAGCUUCAGCUCCACAAGUAAUUUUGCAAGAGUGAAGAUGCAGGUGACCAUGUCACUAGCUUCUUUGGUUGGCAAAUCACCUGAGUUUAAUGAGGAAUUCCUUCGACGAUCUUUACGAACCAUCCUGGCCUAUGCAGAGGAGGACGUGGACAUGCAGGCAACUCCAUUUCCCAUUCAGGUAGAGGAGCUGCUGUGUAAUCUGAACAGCAUCCUGUCAGACACAGUGAAAAUGAGGGAAUUUCAGGAAGAUCCGGAAAUGCUCAUGGAUCUUAUGCACAGAAUUGCCAAAGGGUACCAGACAUCACCCGACCUGAGACUGACUUGGCUGCAGAAUAUGGCAGAGAAGCACACCAAAAGGAAGUGCUACACAGAAGCAGCUAUGUGCCUCGUCCAUGCUGCUGCGCUGGUGGCAGAGUACCUCAGCAUGCUUGAAGAUCGCAGCUAUCUCCCAGUGGGCAGCGUCAGCUUUCAGAACAUUUCACCCAAUGUGCUGGAGGAAUCUGCUGUUUCAGAUGAUGUUCUGUCUCCAGAUGAAGAUGGCAUUUGUUCUGGGAGGUAUUUCUCAGAAAGUGGCCUGGUAGGGUUACUAGAACAAGCGGCAGAACUGUUUAACACGGGAGGGUUGUAUGAAACUGUGAAUGAAGUAUACAAAAUUGUCAUCCCCAUACUGGAAGCACACCGAGACUUCAGAAAGCUUACCUUGACACACAGCAAGCUACAGAAGGCCUUUGACAGCAUCAUUAAUAAGGGCCAAAAGCGAAUGUUUGGAACUUACUUCCGUGUUGGUUUCUAUGGAUCCAAAUUUGGUGACUUAGAUGAACAGGAAUUUGUUUACAAAGAGCCUGCAAUUACUAAACUUCCUGAGAUUUCUCACAGAUUAGAGGGAUUUUAUGGCCAGUGCUUUGGGGAAGAUAGUGUGGAAGUGAUCAAAGACUCUGCUCCUGUAGACAAAAGCAAGCUGGAUCCCAAUAAGGCAUACAUACAGAUUACUUUUGUGGAGCCAUAUUUUGACGAGUAUGAGAUGAAAGACAGGGUAACUUACUUUGAAAAGAACUUCAACCUCUGUCGUUUCAUGUACACUACGCCUUUCACCAUGGAUGGGCGCCCUAGAGGAGAACUUAGUGAGCAAUACAAGCGGAACACCAUCUUGACCACAAUGCAUGCUUUCCCCUACAUCAAAACUAGAAUAAAUAUCAUCCAAAAAGAAGAGUUUAUUCUAACACCAAUUGAAGUUGCUAUUGAAGAUAUGCGGAAAAAAACACAAGAACUAACUGCAGCCACGAACCAAGAACCACCAGAUGCCAAAAUGCUACAGAUGGUUUUGCAGGGCUCAGUUGGAGCCACUGUAAAUCAGGGACCACUAGAGGUAGCGCAAGUGUUCCUGGCUGAAAUUCCAGCAGACCCCAAACUUUAUCGACAUCACAACAAACUGAGGUUGUGCUUCAAAGAGUUCAUAAUGAGGUGCGGUGAAGCAGUGAAUAAAAACAAGCAUCUUAUUACUGCUGACCAGCGGGAAUAUCAGCAAGAACUCAAAAAGAACUAUGGGAAGCUGAAGGAGAACCUUAGGCCCAUGAUUGAGAGAAAGAUCCCAGAGCUGUACAAACCUGUAGUGAAAGUCGAUAGCACAAGGGAAUCAUUUCGUAACCACAGUUUCAGGAAGUACGAUGCCCAGACUUCACAGAGCACCUAAGGACUAGCUUCUGCCAAGGAAGAGCUUUUUGCCACAAGCCAGAAGUGAUGGGGUAUUCAACAGCAGUGAAAUCAUAAGUCUCCUCAUACAGAACGGCAUGUGUGCUUUCUGGACAGCAUGCAGAAAGGCAUUUACAUGUGAUCUUGGAAGACUGUGGGAUGACUCCAAAUCAUCUGUAAAUCAUGAGAGCUUUGAAGGGAGGGGUUGCUUUUUAGAUGCUUUGCAUUUAUUGUAAAAUAGUCAUGUAAUGCCAAGGGGGAUGCCAUUGAAAUGGUCAGUGGCAUGAAACUAGUCAUGACGGGAAGACUCAAAAUUCUGUGAGGGUUGGAUGAGGUGUUACUUGAAUCCAAACAAGACAUCUACUGAGUGCUGAGGAAUGAUGUCUAUUUACUUUCCUUUUCCAAGACAGCAUUUAUCCUUGUCCAUUUUGCAGGAGAGCACAUUCUGCAAGUUAAUCACAUGCUUAAAUGCUUUCUUAAUGACAGGGGACAUAGGUCCCUGCUGAGUGUCCACUGAGCUGGAGCUUUAGGUAGGAAAAAUUCCCUUGGGCAGUUUCUGUCAUCAGUUUCCAUCACAGUGUUGAACUGCAGAGAAUGUUAUUCACGAAUUCUCUCGCCAAAGCUCAGAAAGUAAGAAGAAGCAGCAAGGAAUUUUUACAGAUUUUUAAGAAAUGUUUAGAUACAGAGACAGCAACUUGACACACAGUUGGAUUUCUUAAUAAUUAAUGCCAUGUUCAGCAAAGCUAACAAGUAAUAGUUUAAAUAGAAGGCGCUAAGCUAUGUAAUUUUUAUUUUGUGAUUUUUAUUAUGUAAUGCCAUUAUGUAAAUAACCUUAUUCAAGGUCGACUACAACAGCACGCAGUGAGAAUUUCCUACAGUGCACUUACUCAGGCUUUACUGCAUCUUUGGAGAAAUUAGCACAUAAUUUAUGAUGCCUAAUGCUUAGAAUUUUCUGAGCCCUGGACAAACGUGUUACUAAAUAAUCUUUACAGCACUUCUCUGAAGUAAGGAAAUAUUACUGCUAUUUUGCAGAUGGGGAUAAGGAUGUUGAUACGCAACAAGAGCUACUAAGACUUCAGAACUCAUUUAGUGAGGCCACGGCAGAGUCACAGUCUGCACUGGGACCUUGUUUAUUGUGUAAUGCUCGUGUUUUGAAAUAAAGUUCUCUUGAUAUUA